AUGCAGCAAAAGCGCAAGAUUCUCGUCAUUGGCUCGCCUCGCGAAGUCAUACCUGACAAGGUAUGGGCAGAUUUUAGUUCACGGUAUGAAAUUCUGAUGUACGACUACUCAAAAGUACAAGACUUCUACCACUCCAUGACUACCGGUUCUUGCAAGAACAUUGACGGAAUUAUGCGAAUCGGUAUCAACACCCCGCCCAACAACGAGAAGUUGGGCAUGGGCUGGACUGGACGGGCUCUGUCACAUCUUCCAGCAACUCUCAAGAUGAUUGCCAACUUCGGACACGGUUUCGACGAGGAAGAUGUCCCAGGACUUAAUGCCCGUGGCGUAGACUUCUUCAACACGACGGGCGGGAGCGAGGCAACAGCCGUGGUUGCGGUAUAUCUCAUCAUCUCAGUAUUCCGUCAACUAAAUCACUACGAGCGAAUGCUCCGCGACGAGAAGUUCUGGUCAGCCUUGAGGCACUCAUCUCAGAACGCAGUUGACCCCUUUGGAAAGAAGCUCGGCAUUAUCGGCAUGGGUUCCAUUGGCCAAACCGUCGCGAGACAGGCAGCUGCUCUCGGGAUGGAGAUUCACUGUAUUGAUAGGCCCAAUCUUCGGAGAAUCUCGGAGGCUAUGAAGCAUGAGAACAAUUACGUCAAGGGGCUUUUGCCACCGAUAAUAUUUCACAAGGAUCUCGAGAGUCUCGUCGCUUCCAUGGACUGCUUGGUUCUGGCAUGCUCUUACUCCCCGACGACACAUCAUCUCUUAUCGAAGGACAUCUUCUCCAGAAUGAAGAGAGGAAUUCGAAUUGUCAAUGUGGCCAGGGGCCGUUGUAUAGAUGAGGAAGCGCUGUGUGAUGCCAUCGACAACGGCACUGUUGCAGCGGCUGGGCUUGAUGUUCACUACAACGAGUGA